GGAGCCAGCCGUGAGGCCAGGGCCCCCAGGUGCAGGCGUGCCUGCUGCCCUACCCGACACGCUCUCCAGCGGCCUGGGAGCGGCUGUUAGUGGGGUCUCUCCUGCCCCCUAGUGGACAAAGCUGCUGGCUAGAGUCUCUCACACCUGCUCAAAGCAACAGAGAGUCCUGUGGCACCUUGAAGACUAACAGAAGUAUGGGGAGCAUGGAAAUUUAUCAACCGCCUGAAGAAACUUGCACAAAUACAGACCUUAAAGGUGCCACAGGACCCUCUGUUGCUUUUUACAGAUUCAGACUAACAGCUACCCCUCUGAGACUACACACCUGUUCAGAGCAGCAAGGCCAGCAUGGAUGGAGGGCUUCACCUCGCUUCUCUUCCACCAGAUGGCUCGUUGCUGAAUCCAGGGGCAAGCGCUCCUGCCCCCCGUGUCCUCGCCUGGCCCCUCAGCUGCUCUUGCCCUGAUGCAAGUGGAGGGGAGGAGGGAGCUGCAGCGAGCCGGCCAAGCAACUCCUGGGCACUGCAAAUGUUCAUGCCUUGCCGUGUCCUCAGUGCCACUUGGCAGGCCUUUCCGAGGCCCUAGCCAGGGCAGCGGUCACCUGCCAGUUAUUGUGACAUCACAAACUCCGCUGGGCUGCAGGCUCCCAGGCAGGUUGCAGAUGGGGCCUGGCCUGUCCCCCUCCUGUGGUGCAGAGGAGCACUGGAAAAGCGGGUGGCUGGAGCAGACAGAAGCAGCAUGCUGUCUCUCUAAGGAGCUGCUCCCGAGGGCUGCAUGGCCAGCUGCAGGCGCUUCCCUGGGAUCCGUGGCUGCAGCACGUUCCUGGCUGAUGACCCGGCCUCGGGCGUGCACCUCGGCGUGGAAGGUGGGAUACUCUGCCAGCUACUCCGUUCUCCAGAUUACAACCUCUUCCCCAAGUCGGCAGUGUUUGAAAGUAAUUUCAUCCAGGUGACGAAGCAGGGGAACUGGGUGGAUAUCCACAAUGCCCCCACACUGGUGACCCUGGGGGUGACGUCCUCGGAGCCCUGCCUGCCCCUCCCCAACGUGCUCCUGAUCGCCAGGCUCGCAGUGCUGGGAGAAAGCCCGCCCGGGAGGGCAGGCCAGCCCCAGGAGCCCUCCAUGGCCCUUAGCAGGCUCCUCCCGUUGAGGUACGUCAGACUGUCGGUCCAGGACAGCGGCCGGCGCCUGCUGCGGGUGCAGGUGGUGACGGGGAAGGUUUAUUACCUGCGGCUGCACCAGGCGCACCCUGACGCCGUGUUCACGCUCUGGAGCCGGCUGGCGGACAUCCUGCAGUGGGGGCUCUCCAUCACCACCAAGGACCCCUCCAUCCACAUCCCGCACAGCCUGGUGCUCAGCGUGGGCAGCUCCUCCACCAGCUCCCCUGCACAGCUGGUGCCUGAUUCCCAGCUGCCCUCGGGAGCCAGUCGCAGCGUGGUGGCAAGGAUGGGCAAGCGAUUGUCGGGGACACUCUCCCAUCUCUCAGGAGCAACCCUGGGGAAAAUGGAGACAGACGGCUCAGUCCAGAGAAGACUCUUCUCCUGGAAUCUUACGGCUCAGAGCAAAUCUCCUGCCAGGGAAGAGGAAUCGGGUGCCCCAGGUUGGUCAGGAGGUAAGAAGUUCCCCCACUUCAGCCCUUUCUCCCAGGAGCGGGGCAGGUCAUGCAGGGACGAAGCUUGAACGCAGACUCUCAAAUCGCCCAUCACAGGGCGGCCAGGCCGUCCAAGCACUGGCGCAGAGUGUGACUGCCACAACCGCCUUUGAAAUGGAGUGAAACCCUGGCAGCAGCCUUCGGCUGUGUUGAAAGCCAGCGGAGACCUGGAGAGUAAGAGGGUGAUAAGUGAGAGCUAACAUGAAUUUGUUGAGAGCAAACCACACUGAACCAACCUAAUUUUCUUCUUUGGCUGGCUUACUGUCCUAGUGGAUGGGAGGAGAGCAGCAGACAUGACUUAUCUCGAUUUGAGUAAAGCUUUUGACACAGUCCCACGUGACAUUCUCAUAAGCCAACUAGAGAAAUGUGGUCCAGAAGAAAUGACUAUAAGUGGGUGGAGAACUGGUUGAAAAAAUAUCCUUAAAGAGUAGAACCACCCAUUAGCUAUCAAACUGGGAGGAUGUCUCUAGUGGGGGGGGGGCAGGACUAUUCAAUAAUUUCAUUAAUAAAUGGAGCAGAAAGCAUGCCUAUAAAAUUUGUGGGUGACACCAAGCUGGAGGGGGUGCAAGCACUUUGGGGGACAGGACUAGAAUUCAAACUGACCUUCAUAAAGUGGAGAAUUGGUCUGAAAUCAACAAGGUGAAAUUCACUAACGACAAGUGCACUUAGGAAGGAAAGAUCAAAUGCACACAUACAAAAUGGGGAAUAGCUGAGUGAAGUUGGACACCAUCUAGAAGAAGCAUCUUCCAAAAAUCAGACCCCUCAAAUGGUGUGAAUCCAAGUAGAAUGAAAAGAUGCAUUUUCUAAUGAAACAGGCCCGGCUCUCUCAAACAGUCACCCAAUGGUCUCUAAGGUGGUAUGUUCAUCUACUCCAAAUGCCUGCCAACUUCUCUGUGAGAACCAUCUUCAACUUUGAUCCAAUGAAAGAAGGCAGAAAAAGACCCCCUGGAAAACCAAAAACACGAUGGCUGGAUGGUGUCAGACACCUGUCCCUCACAGGCAUCCUACUCCAGACUUGACUCAAGACAGAACAUUAUGGAGGCAUGUGACCCUGCUGGCGGCCUGAGGGUCCUACCACACCCCAUCCCAGAAAGAAGAAGUGGAAGUGAGUCCUCCAAGUGGCCUAUAGAGGCCACGUGGGAUGCAGCCCAUCAGAGGGGGCUGCAGGGAGCAGCCAAUCUGGGCCCAGCAGGCCCAUAUAAAAGGAGCUGCAGUGCAGAGCAGAGAGCAGUUGCUGCCAGGAGCCAGAGGAGUUAAGUUGGUGCUCCUGGCUGCCUGAAGGACCUCCAGGACCUGGACGGGAGCAGUUGCUGGUAGGGGCCAGGGGAGCAAGAAAGAGCUCCGGACUGGCUACUAGGACUCAGCCAGCACAAGGCCCUGAGUUAAGGGUGAAGAAUGUGCUGGGGCCACAGGCAAAUGGCCCAGGGAAUUGUAGCAGUUUAGUUAAAGGUAUGUGGCAGAUGGCUGCUAUUCGUAGGGUCCCUGAGCUAGGACCCGGAGGCCCCAUUAGCCACUGGAGAAGUGGCCUGGACUUUGAUGCAUACCUGGAAAGGGAACUGAACUGGUUAGUGGCCCAGCUGGAGUGCUGGGGCCAGAAAGGCCAGGAGAGGGGGAAGACAUCACCUCCAGGGAGGGAGCCCUGGGGGUACGGCUCGAGACCAGGGCUGAGAUCAUUUACAGACUAAGUAAAGACCUGAGCUCAGGGAGGGCUACAGGGAGAGAAAGGCCCCUGUUGGACUGUUUACCCCAGAAGGGGUUUGAUUUGUAUUUCACAUACAGACUGUGAGACUUGGCCAGAGGGCUGAGUCGCUGAAGACCCACCACAAACAGAGAGAGAGAGAGUGGGCAGGCACACAGACUUGGACAGGGCAUGCUCACGAGAGGAGAGUGGCACUCUGUACCUCAGGGGAACACCCUGCACCCCCAUGUUCAUCCGUAUAACAUGAUUGUGUGGUGUCCAAUGCAAAGUUUGUCAAGUCGGGUGUCUUCAGAAGGCUCAUGAUGCACUGAACAUUGUUGUUAUAGUGAU